UCACGGAUCUCCGCGCCAGGGCCGGUGGGCGGGCGCUUGCCCUUGAGGGGGUUGCCUCCUAGUGCGCCUCCGCCCUGCAAGUGUGGGAGGGCGCCGGUGAAGCGCCCCGCUCCCUAACGACGCCAGCGUGCGUGUUUGUGUACAGGCGCACGUGUCUCCCGGCUCAGGGAGAAACGUGUCUAAAUGCAACCCCCUUCUCCUCCCGGAUCCCUCCGUUUCCCAUCGGGCGUGCACAAGAGAAAGCCUCAGCCUCCCCUCCCGGGAAAGAUACUGUUGAGUUCCAGUGUAAAGCGCCACCCCUGGCGUGGGGCGGUGCAGAAGACGGGGGGGGGGCGGAGGCAGGCUCGCUCGCUCGCUCGCCCCAAGGGAAGAACUCUCCUUCUCCCCUACCUCGGUGUAGGGAACCGUGUAGAAGCCAGCCCGUGUGAGCGCGAGAGGAAACCGGCCGUGUUCAGAAGCUGGCGGAGAAGGCGCCCCGAGGAAGGGAGAGAACCGGCUUUCGCUCGCUCUGUUGCCGGGGAGCUGGACACCAGCUGCCCCUGCCUUGCGCCCCGCCAGGACGAUCUGCAGGGGGCGCCGGGGGGGAGGGGAAGGGGGGAGGAGCCUGAACCCGUGCGCGCUGGGCGCAUUCCCGCCAGAAAGGAGGAGAUCUAGGCGAGAGAAGGCACACAGCCGGGUCCCGUCCCGUCCCAGCGCCUCGGGGCGUCUUGGCUCCGCAAGAUGCGCGGCAAGGACAGGAAAGAGAGCCUCUCCGACUCCCGGGACCUCGAUGGUUCCUACGACCAGCUAACGGGCAACACACCCGGCCAUGCUAAAAAAGCCCUGAAGCAGCGGUUCCUCAAGCUGCUGCCCUGCUGCCGUCAGCCCAAAUCCAUCCCCUCAAUCAGCGAAAACAGUGUAGAAGAUGAGUUUGAGCUCUCCACGGUUUGUCACCGGCCAGAGGGCCUGGAUCAGCUACAGGAGCAAACCAAGUUCACUCGCAAGGAGCUGCAGGUCUUGUACCGGGGGUUCAAGAAUGAGUGCCCUAGUGGCAUUGUUAAUGAAGAGAGCUUCAAGCAGAUCUACUCACAGUUCUUCCCACAGGGAGAUUCCAGUACAUAUGCAACUUUCAUUUUCAACGCAUUUGACACCGACCAUGAUGGCUCAGUCAAUUUUGAGGAUUUUGUGGCUGGCUUGUCCAUUAUUUUACGUGGCUCUAUAGAUGAUCGGCUCAAUUGGGCCUUCAACCUCUAUGACCUGAACAAAGAUGGCUGUAUCACCAAAGAGGAAAUGCUGGACAUAAUGAAAUCCAUUUAUGAUAUGAUGGGCAAGUACACUUACCCAGCCAUGCGAGAAGAAGCACCUCGCGAGCAUGUGGAAAACUUCUUCCAGAAAAUGGAUCGGAACAAGGAUGGUGUGGUGACAAUUGAGGAAUUCAUUGAGUCCUGCCAGAAGGAUGAAAACAUCAUGAGUUCCAUGAAGCUCUUUGACAACGUGAUCUAGCUGGAGACUCCUGGAGCCCAGACCUUCACACACACACCCAGGGCUUCUCUUUGUGGUGCAUCUCUCUGAGGCAUUCUUCUCUUGGCUGUAUAGACAAAGCAGCCCCUUGUCCACACUGGACUGAGUGACUUUUGUGGAGACAAUCCUCAUGUAUUUGAGAUGCAACUGGGGGAAAGUCCCUGCAAUGGGAACCAAGUUGGGGAGGGAGGGGGCUUUGGCUGGGUUGGACCAAGGUUCAGCAAGGGGAAUAGCCUGAAACCUGCAAGCACUUUCUCUGGGCAUUGAAAAUAAAAUGGAUCAACCUGCCGCCUCUCCUAGAAAACUGCGCUGUCCUGUCACCAAGUAGCGUGUGCACCCUUUAGGACCUUCCAAAUCACAACAGACCUCUGACCCUUCGCUGGGGUUUCAAGUGGGUUCCACACCACCAAACAGCAAUGCAAAUGCUGAUUGCUAAGGUCUCACAAAGGAUUUGGUGUAUGUGCAAUCUUACCCAUUCCCUACAGGGAGGGGUCUCUAUCUGAUUUGCACCAAGGCUCUCAUUGCAAUACCCUAAGGCUUCCAGCUGGGAGAGAAAUUUCCCAGUGUCAAGGUAACUUGCAGUCCUGGCACUAAACUCUGGGGGAGAGCUGCAGCAAGGAAAUAAGAGGGGCAAGUGGGAUUUUGCUUUGUGGUUUCUUUCCUUUGCAUCUUCAACAGAGAAUGGAAACUUUAUGCCACAUGAGAGGCAGGUACAACAGCAACCUUUAGCUUUCAUUUAGAAAUCAGGAGGGAAGAAGGAGUGAAUCAUAUUGGGAUUCUUAUGGAGAGAAAGAACACCGAGCCUGAUAACAGGAUCAGAACUUUCCCCUGCAUCUCCACCCCACCCCCAAAAUAUAAACUGCUGACAAAACGGGUAGAAGUGGAGAGAACAACUCACUGGAAACAUCUAGGUGAGAAUGAAAUCUCAACCUUAUUCUCUGUGGGCUGGGUCUCUAUGUGGCCCCAGAUGAUGAUGAUUAUGAUGAAUAAAAA